UGUGUGUGUGUUUGGCACUGACUGAGGAGAGUGGGUCGGGGCCAGCAAACGUCACUCCCUGACGGCGGCAUCGGAGCAGCUCAGACAGCCCUGCCCGCGCAGCAGCGGAGGAACACGGACAACGGCUCUCCGCUGUGUGGACUCACUGGAACUGGACACCGAGUUUACGCUUCUGCAGCUCAGUGCCUAAGCAAUAUCCAGGAAGCCAAGGCUUGAGCGAGCCCAAAAUGGUGAUUACCAGCAUGGCAUCCCACAGAAGGACAUCACUGGUCAUGGGCGUGGAGAACAGAUGUUUGCAGUGAAGGUACCUAAGGAGCAGACUGGAGAGGAGGUAGUAACAGGUACUGCGUGCCAAGGUGGAUUUGGGGGUGUGGAGGAGAGCUGAAGAUCAUGGGUAAAUCAAACAGCAAGCUCAAGCCAGAGGUGGUGGAGGAGUUGACAAGGAAAACCUACUUUACAGAGAAAGAGGUACAGCAGUGGUAUAAAGGCUUCAUUAAAGACUGUCCAAGUGGGCAGCUUGAUGCUGUGGGCUUUCAGAAGAUUUAUAAGCAGUUCUUUCCAUUUGGAGAUCCCACCAAGUUUGCAUCCUUCGUCUUCAAUGUAUUUGACGAAAACAAGGAUGGACGCAUCGAGUUCUCCGAGUUCAUCCAGGCCCUGUCAGUGACUUCUCGAGGGACUCUGGAUGAGAAGUUGAGAUGGGCUUUUAAAUUAUAUGAUCUUGAUAAUGACGGCUACAUCACCCGUGAUGAGAUGUUAAACAUUGUAGAUGCCAUAUAUCAGAUGGUGGGGAACACUGUGGAGCUGCCAGAAGAAGAAAACACGCCAGAGAAGCGAGUGGAUCGUAUUUUUGCAAUGAUGGACAAGAAUGCAGAUGGGAAGCUGACUCUGCAGGAGUUUCAGGAAGGUUCAAAGGCGGACCCUUCUAUUGUUCAGGCAUUGUCACUCUAUGAUGGACUCGUGUAAAAAUGAAAGAUGAUCCAACUACAUGUCCUGCGAGUAGCACGCCAAUCCAGCACCAUCACUACUGUAUGGGAGGGAGCCACACCGUCCCAUUUAACUCGCUCACCCAGAAGUGGACUGAAAACCUGUGUCACACGGCCGUAUGGCAUUUGUGUCAGUAGCUGUUCGUCUACAUUUCCACCAAGGACUGUGAACAGAUCUAUAUCUUCUGAUGUCAUGGAGAAUUCAAACAUGUUAGCAAAAUCUUCAGUCAUUUAUCUGUGCUUCUCCAGCUCUGUGGCACUGCGUACACCCUUGAGUGUUGUGGAUUGUGUACAGACAUAUCUGCAAGCACAGUGUUGUGGUUUUCCGAUAGACAUUCAAAGGAACUGAAUUCCCUUAGAGUGUUAAUUUGUCUUAAUCACAUACUGUAAACCAGGGGAUGCUCGGGAAGCACUCGGAGGAACUGUGCUGCUGCUGCUUCACCACCACAUGGAGAAACUCUAAACCCAGGAGAAUGUGGGGAAAUGGGUUACUUGGUGAUAACAUGAACACAAACUUCAAGUUACAAAGCAGUAUAGUGUAUAUUGUAUAAUGUAAAUAUGAUGGUAAUUUAUUUUCUGCUUUGCUGCGUUUGUGGGAAUUUUCUCAUGAAAAUGGAUUGAAGUUUUAUUUUUUAAUCAAAAGUGUUGAAUUGUAUUGCACUGUAUUUUUCAUUAUUAUCGUGGGAUUGCCUUUUCUCACAUUCUGAAGUUUCCUUUUUCCUGAGAACAGGGUUUUUAUUUGAAGAAGAGGGUUGAAGGACUGGGAUGAUUUGUAUGCAUUAUUUUACUAUGUUUGCAUCCUAUUGUGUUUUCUUCACUUCCUGUUAGCACGAGUGUCUAGUGUCUGCAGUGUUGCAAAGCCACAUCCUGAAUAACAUGACCCAGCAACACAACAAAUUCUCACAGCUUACAUCUGAACAGAGCCUCAUUAUUUCUUUUAAGAGCAUCAUUCUCCACCCUCAGCACACACAAAGGCCUGGUCAAUGAGGGACACAAACAGACAUCAAUUCUGGUUGUAAAGCUUUGCGAGCUCUGUGGUUGCAAUUGUCCACCUUGUACUUGUCCUGUGUGAGGCCGGAGCAUGUGAUGAUGCCUUUUUUUUUCCAUUCUUGAUCAUUUUUACUAGGAUGUUUUAUCAGCUUCACUGAAUUUAUGCCUUAUGCAAAUGAUAAUUUACUAAAUGAUAAAUGUCAUUUACCUGUUGAUUAACAGUAUAAGAGCACAGAAUAAAAUGCAUUUAUGUGGC